AUGCAGCAAAUAAAGCUCCGUGCAUUCCAGCGUGACAUUCUCGAGCUCGCUCGUGAAAAGAACGUCGUAAUGGUUGGUGACACUGGUAUUGGCAAGACAUUUUUAGCCAUUGCGUUGCUGAGUGAGCAAGAUUAUUCAGGGGAGAAACGUGCUUUCUUUAUGGCCCCCACACGUCAAUUGGUCGUACAAAUCACGGCCAAGAUCCGCCAGACCAGCACUUUACUUGUGAAUGCAUAUUGUGGUCGUACUGCCGAUCUAUGGGACGCCGUCCAGUGGGAACGCGAGCUGAAACUCACCCGCGUGUUCGUGUGCACGCCCGAGAUCGUGCGCAAUAUGUUACUUAAGGGUUACGUUUCACUCAGUCGCAUGAAUCUGCUAGUGUUUGAUGAAUGUCAUCACGUGACCAAGCGUCAUCCAUACGCACAAGUCAUUAAGUUGCUCAAUCAGGAAGACCCAGAGAUGAUGCCACGGAUUUUUGGUACCACCGCGUGUCCAACGCGUCAUUGCGCCGAGAAACUUCAUGCAGAAAUGAAGAAAGUAGAGCUGGACAAGACACAGAUUGCAGAGUUUGCAGCAGCUGCACCAAUGUUGUAUGAGACGUACUCUGUGCAAAAGCCAUGGGAAGUGAAGGGACAAGAGGAGGAUAACGCCGAUGUAAACGAGUGUGUAGACGAGGUGUGGGUCUUUAAAAACAUGGAAAAGGAGCUGGCAGAAGUCAAAGCAGUUGAAGUGAUGGAAAAGCUCGUGAAGAAGGGAAAGAGUGAUGCAGCAACAGAUCCAGCCAAGUUGGAGAAAAGUAGGAAAAGGUUUAUGCAGAACUGUAUUACCAUUUACAAGAAUCUGGGCCCGUGGUGUUACUACCGCUUUGCAGAGCUAGAGAUUCAUCGACUGGCGAUAGCUGCGUCGUUGCUGAUUACUGUGCCUGGAAGUAUGUUUGGACUGGACAGAGAUGCAGUCAAAACGAUGCUAAUGCUUGCUGCCAAGCGCGAGCACUGCGAGUUUGCGUGCACAGCAAAAGUGCAAAAGGUGGAAGACAUUGUGCGUGCGCAAUUGUUUGAAGUGGAAGGCAAGGUCGAGGAGAUUGAUGGAGCGGAGCUAACAAACAACGACGAUAACGACAGCGAUAAUGAAGCUGGCGACGAUCCAGUUCCAAGUGACUCCAUUCCAGCGGGCGAGGACUUAGAAGAGCUCAACGAUUGCGAAAACGGUCGACUUGAUCUUCAGGGCAUCGUCUUUGUGAACACACGAAUGGAAUGCCGUGUCCUGUCGGACUUCUUCAACGAAAAGUUUGCGCCACUGGCAGCAGAUGGUGAUGGACCUGAUGAAGAGUUCUGUGUGGAGUCCAACAACCACGUUACGGAUGAAGCAACAGUGGACCAACCGUUUGCCAGCAUUUUGGGAAGAGCAGCGCGUAGUGAUACAGCAUCUUUUUUACUACCCAAGAUGGAGACAACUCUGAAAGGAUUCGAGUCGGGAUCCAUUCGCGUGUUAGUCUCCACGGCCGUCUCCGUGGAGGGAGUUGACUUUCCUCAGUGCGCGCUGAUUGUUGUAAUGGAUCGCGUUGGUACUGCUCGUAUGUUGAUGCAAUUAAAAGGACGUGCACGUCACGAAGAUGGCAUCGUGUACUACUUGGCGGAAGAAGGUGAUCUAGCUCACGAGGUAUACUACAAACAGUUGGUCCAUGACGCGGAGGUAAUCAACCAGCUCGAGUUUACGAGAGAGAAGGUUGAAACUGUUCAGCAACAACCGCGAUCCAUUGCUGCACGUCUGAUGGGUGGUGGUGAGCAGAAGAUCAAAAUUGAAUCUACUGGUGCUGUCUUGGAUCUGGAUAGCAGUAUUGCUUGCAUCAACCAGUUCUGUCAGUCGCUGCCGAGCAAGUUGUAUACCGUGAACGCGAAGCGGUUGUACUCCAUUUCAGAGGCUCGCUACGGCGGAAAAGUUAUGUUUACAGCAGAGCUUAACCUCCCAAUUGAACUCGAGCUGGAAACAUUUCGAAGUGAUCCAAUGCCUUCGAAAGCCAGUGCUAGAGCGUCUGCAGCAUUCAGUGCUUGUCAAAAGCUUUUGGAUCAACAACUGAUUGAUGACUCGCUCAAUUCGAUCUAUCGCUCGACCAAAGUAAAGUCAGCGUCGAAUGCACGGGAUCUGAGCUACUUCAUCAAUCGCCUGCACAUGUAA